AUGGCUAAAAAAAGACAAUAUGGAAAAUGGAGUCCAAAUUCCAUGAAUAUUGCUAUCAAAGAGCGAUUAGCAAAUCAAAUAGUCAAACAAAAUUCUCUUCCCAAUCCUUUCAACAAGGAAACACAAAUAGCUGGCAAAAAGUGGUAUUAUUCGUUUAUGAAACGUCAUCCAGAAUUAAGUCUCCGACAAUCAGAAAAACUAUCUAUUAGUCGUGUCAAAGAUGAAUCAGGUUUUCAAACUGUUCAGAAAAAAAAUCCGAAAGUUUUGACAAUGAAAGGGAGAAAACUUGUAGGAGCUCUGACAAGUGCAGAGAGAGGUGUUAAUACAACUGUGGUAUGUUGUACGAAUGCAGUUGGUGUAUUUAUUCCACCAAUGAUCAUCUUCAAAAGAUUACGUAUAGAUAUUUCUUUGGCAAGCGGUGCCCCUGCGGAAAGUCUUGUAGAAAUUUCAGAGACCGGUUACAUUAAUAGUGAACUUUUUCUGAAAUGGUUUAAGCACUUUCUGGCAUAUGUACGACCAUCUAAAAAAAAUAAAAUGCUUCUUCUAUUAGACAGACACACCACGCAUUCAAAAAAUCUGAAUGUUAUCAAUCUGGCACGUGAAAAUGGAGUGCUGCUACUACAAUUGCCGGGUCAUACCACCCAUCGUCUCCAGCCCCUAGACGUCUCAAUUUUUAAACCGUUUCAGUUAUAUUACGAUGAAGCAGUAGUGAAAUGGCACAGAACCAAUCCUCCUCCUCUGAGACAGUGCCACGUGUCUACUUUACUCUCUGAAGCCUAUCUAAAAAUAGCAACAAUGAGCAACGCCGUGAAUGGCUUCAAAGCUACAGGUAUAUGGCCGGUAGAUCGUCAUAUCUUUAACAACACUGAUUUUAUAGCAGUUGAUACAUUAAUGUCGCCAGAAAAUUGCCAAUCACCAGAAAAUGAGAUUGAAGAAACAAUAGAAGGAAUUAAUAUUCCUGCUUGUUCAACUGAAAACAAUCAAUCGAGAAAGAAGCUCAAAACUGUCCAUGAAAUCUGCCCACUGCCUUGCCCAACUAUUACAAGAAACAACAAGCUGCCUCAGAAAGCGGAGAUUCUAACGACAAGUCCGUACAAAGAAAAACUCGAAGAACAACAAAAGAAGAAAUCACAAAGAAUUGCCAGAAAGGUCGAGUUAUUUCCUGGACCGUCAACUUCAAUUAAUUCAUCAAAACUAAAAACUACAAAACGUAAUUCUAACAAGAAAAAAUCAACACAAUCUAAAGAAUUGCAUUUUGCUGAGAAAAAGAUUGAAAUAAAUGAAGAUGAUUGGUAUUGCUAUUCUUGUCAACAGAAUGUAGUAGAAGAUAUG